AUGGCACAAACACCCGAGCAGCGACGAAGGAACCUCAAGUUCGCCAAGGACCAAGAUGCGCGCCGCGGCAAGUCGGAGGAUCAAUUGAAGAAGAGGGCGAAGGAUCAGCCCAAGUCUCCUAUCUCUCCCAUUUGGCUCGGUGUCCUCGGUUUCAUUGUCUUCGGCGGACUCCUCUUUGAGGUCUUCUCACGCCUGUUCGGCCUCGGCUCAUAA